UGAGGUCAGGCAGCGGAAGGAAGGAAGGAGGGAAGGGAAGGGAAGGGAGGCAGGCGGCCGGACCUCCUCCUGCUGCGCGUGCUCCUGCUGCGGCCCGGGCCCGGGGCUGGGGUGCGGCGGGCGGGCGGGCGGGAUGACGCUGGCGGUCUUCUUCGGGUGCGCCUUCGUGGCCUUCGGGCCGGCGCUGGCCCUCUUCCUGCUCACCGUGGCCGCCGACCCGCUCCGCAUCAUCAUCCUCAUCGCCGGGGCCUUCUUCUGGCUGGUCUCGCUGCUGCUGUCCUCGCUGGUGUGGUUCGUGGCGGUGAAAGCCAGCGACCCCAGGGAUGAGGCGCUGCAGAAGGGCCUGCUCAUCUGCGGGGUGGUCUUCUCCGUCCUCAUCCAGGAGGCCUUCCGCUUCCUCUACUACAAGCUGCUCAGAAAGGCGAUCGAGGGACUGGUGGCCCUGAGUGAAGACGGAUGCUGGCCUGUCUCUAUCCAGCAAAUGGCCUACGUGGCUGGCCUGGGCUUCGGACUCAUGAGCGGUGCCUUCUCCAUGAUCAACCUGCUGGCCGACGCUGUGGGUCCAGGCACCGUGGGCAUCUACGGGGAUUCUCAGCUCUACUUCCUGACAUCAGCCUUCAUGACCCUGGUGAUGAUCUUUCUCCACACGUUCUGGGGGAUCGUGUUCUUCCACGGCUGCGAGACCCGGCAGUGGUGGGAGGUGAGCGCAGUGGUGAUCACCCACCUCAUCGUCUCUGGCCUGACCUUUUGGAACCCCAUUUACCUGGGCAGCCUCCUCCCUGCCUACCUGCUGAUGGCAGCUGUUGCAGUGUGGGCCUACCUGCUCUCGGGGGGCUCCAAGAAAAAUCUGCACCACUUCCUUCUGUGCCUCCGGAGUGAGACAACGCCUCCACCCCCACAGAGAUCCUGA